AUGGAGGCUGGCAAGGUUGCACAGCAAGAGGCUGUAGCUCUCCAUGAGGAACUGGCAGCCCUUAAACACAAGUUAGAGGAAGGCCACAAUAUGUCUGAGACUGUCAUUACAGUCGGGGAGGCAUCAGAUCAUGCCCCUUUAAAAGUAAAAGGUGAUGUUGAUGAUACAUACCCAUUGGAAAAAUUAAAAGAAUUAAAACAACGAAUGGGUAAAUUAGAACUAUCUCAACUCUCCAGACUUUGUCCUCUUGCUAAAACCAAAUAUACUUACGAGAAUGAAGAGGAUAACCAUGCAGGUGUCUUAACAAAGGAGCUUUCUGCAGUUGAGCUGACUAAACGUAGGGAAUUAGGCAGGAUGCAGAAAGAAUCUGAGAUGGAGUAUAUGUGGCGUGUGUCCUUGUCAGGAAGAGAUGAUAUUCUCCUUACCAAACAAGAAGCUGGAGGCUUCUGGGGGCCUAGUGUCUUUCUAAACACAAGAGAUAAGUGUGCUUCUUGGUCCUUGACUCAGUGGGUUGCCUAUUGGGCCAGUGGGCUCAGCCCAUUAGGGUGGGGAGACCCAUUGGCCAUUAAGGGAGGAGUGGAUCAGUUGGUAGAAAGUGUGCCAAAGGCCACUUACCUACAAAUGAUGAAUGACUGUAAGGUGGAUUUCAGAUACUCAUCCCCCAUGUUGCUGCCAGUAGGUCCAUAAUGGAUGACCCCUUUGAUACAGGGUCUGCCAAAAUCACUAAAAGCCAUGGGGAUCCAACUGCAGGGCCAAAUCAGAGCCACCACCCCCCAAGACCAUUUGCUAGCUGCAUUGGAGCAUGUGGUUAAUCCUGGCUGCAGGACUGAAUGGAAGAUUUGGACUUGGGGAGAAGUAGCUCAAGAGUUAAUCAAUUAUGGCAGGAAAUUUGGACCCGUGGACAAGGGAGAGGCAAGGGGUAUCCUCAGAACCCAAACCCCAGACUUAUCUGGGAAUAGGUCCCCCCAAUAUCAGCAGUCGAGGUCGAGUCCGUGGCUAGAGGGGCUCCAAAAGGGAAUUCCCCAGGAGAUCAUGGACAGGCAACCAAGGCAGUCCUUACAAAGAAUUGUAGACAGCUGGCCAAGAAAGCACACAGUGAAAGAUGAGUCAACAAAUAAGCAUUCUCCUGAUGUAAUCAAUCCUUCUGUGCCUCCUAGUGCCCUACAGGGAAAAUUGAUCCCUUCACCCAUCAUAGUAGGUGCGUUGUUGGAGGGUGGGAAUUUUUAA